AUGGUGCGCCUUCGAGAAGUGCCCCGAACGGCCACCUUUGCCUGGUAUCCCGAAUCCGGCAAACCUCUUCUGGUGACUGGAACCAGAGCCGAUGCCUUCGACCCUGAUUUUUCCAAUGAAAGCAAGCUAGAACUUUGGGACCUUUGUCUGGAUGACCAACAACAAGGGCUAGAGCUUCAACCACUCGCCAGCUUCACAACCGAUUCAAGAUACUAUGAUAUUGCUUGGGGGCCUGCAUAUUCCCAGUAUACACAAGGCAUUAUCGCUGGCGGCCUCGAAAAUGGCUCCCUCGAGCUGUGGGAUGCCGCCAAGCUCCUGGCUGGUGCUUCGGACGCGCUCAUCUCGCGAACUACCAUCCACACCCAUGGUAUCAAAGCAUUAGAGUUCAAUCCUCUCAAACCACAAUUCCUGGCCACUGCAGGAGCCAAGGGAGAGCUCUACAUAUUUGACGUCAAUGACAUGGAGAAGCCCUUUAGGCUGCAAAGCCCCGCCGCCCGCUCCGAUGACAUAGAAUGCUUGGCCUGGAACAAAAAGGUGUCACAUAUACUGGCGACUGGCAGUUCUGGGGGGUUAGUCACUGUCUGGGACCUGAAAACCAAAAAGGCAUCCCUGACGUUGAACAACAACCGGAAAAGUGUCGGCGCCAUUGCAUGGGACCCUAAUAACUCUACCAAGCUGCUUACGGCUACCCCGGACGAGAACACGCCUGUAAUCUUGCUGUGGGAUUUACGCAAUUCCAACGCUCCGGAGAGGACCCUUCAAGGACAUGAACGGGGCGUCUUGUCUCUGUCAUGGUGUUCUCAGGAUAGUGACCUGCUUUUAUCGUCGGGCAAGGACAAUCGCACAAUUGUGUGGAACCCUCAAACAGGCGAGCGAUAUGGCGAGCUACCCGAGAUGACCAACUGGACUUUCCAGACUCGGUUCAACCCUCGCGAUCCCAACUUGUCGGCGACGGCAAGCUUUGAUGGCAAGAUUACGGUUCAGACUUUGCAGAACACCAACCCGGAUACCUCCCAAAAGUCGGCCGAGACGAAUCUGGACGGCGAGGAGUUCUUCCGGGCUGCCCAAACACAACCCCAGGGUGCGUCUUGGUCGCUCAGCAAGGCACCUAAAUGGCUCGAGCGCCCGGUCGGGGCUACUUUUGCUUACGGUGCCAAGCUCGUGGUUUUCAAGGCGAACCCAGCUCAGCCAGGACAGAAGCGCUCCUCCAAGAUUAUCAUUACGAAGUUUUCUGCCGACGCAGGUGUGUCGGAGGCGAGCGAGAAAUUUCAGCAGGCUGUGGGAUCGGGCAAUGUCGCGGCCAUUUGCGAGGAGCGUGUACAACAAGCCCAAACCGAGGAAGAAAAAGCUGAUUGGAAGGUUAUGCAAACGCUUGCUGGGGAUAACUCGCGAGCCAAGAUUGUUGAGUAUUUGGGCUUCAAAGAGGAUGAGCUUGUCAAUGGCGAAUGCAAGGAAGAUGGUGAUGUUGCCGAGAAACCCACCGACGAAGCCGAAUCUGAAAACGAUGCCGAAAAGAAGAAGGAAGAGGUGUCCGACUUCUUCAGCGGCGGAGACGACGGUGACGACUUCCUUUCGAGCGUUGCCGGCACCAAAACGGCAAACGACAAUCCGUUCCAGCUUUUCUCGGAUGGGGAUGGCUCCGUCGAAAAGGACAUCACCAAGGCACUUAUGCUUGGCAACUUUGCCAGGGCUACCGACAUAUGCUUGAGAGAAGAGCGCAUUGCCGACGCUUUCCUCAUUGCAAACUGCGGAGGCCAGGAGCUCGUGGACAAGGUGCAGUCUGCGUACUUGGCCAAGAAGAAUGGGAUGCCGAGCUACAUGCGCGUGCUCGGAUCCGUCAUUUCCAAGAAUCUGUGGGAUGUGGUCUACAAUGCGGACCUUGAGAGCUGGAAGGAGACCAUGGCAAUCAUCUGCACCUUCUCCGACCCCACCGAAUUCCCCGACCUUUGCGAAGCGCUCGGUGAUCGAAUAUACGACCACGGGUCUAGGAAGGACGCCUCUUUCUGCUACCUGGUUGGUUCGAAGUUGGAAAAGGUGGUGACCAUAUGGACCGCCGAGCUGGAUGAAGCCGAGAAGGAGGGCUUGAAGGCGGCGGCAGGGGGUUCUGGAUUCUCGGUCCACGUGAAGUUGCUUCAAAACUUUAUUGAGAAGGUCACCAUCUUCCGGCACGUCAGCAAGUUCCAGGAUGCCGAGCAGAGCCAGACCUCUGGCUGGAAGCUGGCUACUCUGUACGACAAGUACACCGAGUAUGCCGACAUCCUCGCCGGUCACGGUCAGCUGGAGGUGGCUCAGAAAUACGUUGACCUCUUACCGUCUAGCUAUCCUGCGGCGGACAUUGGCCGAAACCGCGUCAAGCUGGCGAUGCAGAAACCAGCAGCUCCAGCUGCCGUUCGUCAACCUGCAUCCAAGGCUGCCAGCAGAGCGCAGCCCAAUGUCGGCUACCCAAUGUCUCCUCAAGCGGCAACUCCCGCGCCUUCUGCCAACCCAUACGGCGCGUACGGACAGGCGCAAGCUCCUCCGGCCCAGCCGUCACCGUACGCGCCGUCGCAGAACCCGUAUCAACCACAAGGCUACCAACAGCCCUCGGGGGCUUAUCAGGCACACGCCCAGCCCGCGUACGGCGGUGGCAUGGUUCCUCCUCCGCCGACGGGAACCGGUCCCCCCCGAAGCUCAACUCCAGCGCAGUCUGGGCCCCCUCUGAGCAAGGCCAGGAACAUGCAGAACUGGAACGACGUGCCGCUGGUGACCAAGGCUGUACCCAGGCGAUCUACCCCGGUUGCCCCCAUAACGUCUCCCUUUCCAGGAUCAUCAAGCACAGCAGGCCCUCCGUCGGGCCCUCAGACCGGACCACCUUUGAGCGGCCCUUAUGGACCACGCACCGGGUCGCCUAUAGCCCCUCCUCCCAAGGGCAGCGCACCUCCGCGAGUCCAGUCACCACUGACCUCGCCGCCUCCGCCCCAGGGCAUCCCCCCUCCUCCCAGACCCUCCUCCACCAUUGCAAACCAGUAUACGCCUCCCGUGCCUCAGCCUGGCGCCGUGCCAUCAGCGAUGCCUCAGGGCGUCGCGAGAACGGCGUCUCCGUACAACGCGCCCCCGUCCGGCGCGCCGCCCUCCAACAGAUAUGCCCCUGCCCCGGCGGCUCAGCAAGUGAAUCAGCCUCCAGCGGCAGGGUUCAUGCCUCCUCCGCCAUCCGGACUGGCCAGCAGACCACCGCCUCCAGCGAAUCCUUACGGAGCGCCGCCACAAGCACAACAGGCGACGCCCCAGAGCCAAUACGCCCCAUCACCGUAUGCUCCCCAGCAGAGCCAAGGGACGGGCCCGCCACCAACAGGUCCGCCCCCAUCCGGGUUGCCUCCUGCCCAGCUAGCAACGGCCCCACCACCUCCUCCAAAGGCAGCAGCAGCAGCAGCAUCUCCUCCUCCUCCCAAAGCUAGGCAUCCUCCCGGCGACAGAUCCCACAUUCCGGCCAACGCGCAGCGUCUUUUCGACAACCUGACCCAAGACAUGCAGCGAGUUGCUGCCAAGGCGCCCGCAACAUUCACCCCGCAGGUCAAGGACACGCAAAAGAGGCUGGACCUGCUAUUUGACCACCUGAACAACGAGGAGCUGGUUCAGCCAUGGACUAUUGAGCGGCUCACGCAGCUGGCGGAUGCAGUCCAAGGCAAAGAUUACGCGACGGCGCAAAAGCUGCAGGUUGAGAUUCAGCGAGACAGAACUGACGAAUGCGGCAACUGGAUGGUUGGUGUGAAGCGUCUCAUCAGCAUGAGCAAGGCGACGCCCUGA